AAUGUUAUGGAACAGUUCAAUCCGCGGCUACGGAAUUUAAUAAACCUAGGAAAAAAUUAUGAAAAAGCUGUUAAUGCUAUGAUCCUGGCAGGGAAAGCCUACUACGAUGGAGUGGCCAAGAUUGGUGAGAUUGCCACCGGGUCCCCUGUGUCGACAGAGCUGGGCCACGUUCUCAUAGAGAUUUCAAGUACCCACCAGAAACUUGAUGAGAGUUUUAGAGAAAAUUUCAAAGCAUUCCACAAAGAGAUUAUACAUGAGCUGGAGAAGAAGACAGAACUUGACGUAAAAUACAUGACGGCCACUCUCAAAAGAUACCAAACAGAACACAGGAAUAAAUUAGAUUCUUUGGAGAAAUCUCAAGCUGAAUUGAAGAAGAUCAGAAGGAAAAGUCAAGGAGGACGAAAUGCAGUCAAAUACGAACACAAAGAACUUGAGUACAUAGAAACCGUCACCUCUCGCCAGAGCGAGAUCCAGAGGUUCAUCGCGGAGGGCUGCAGAGAGGCGCUCCUGGAGGAGAAGAGGCGCUUCUGCUUCCUGGUGGACAAGCACUGCAGCUUCGCCAGCCGCACGCAGCACUACCACCUGCAGUCGGCAGAAUUACUGAAUUCCAAACUGCCCAGGUGGCAGAAAACCUGCGGUGAUGCCACCAAAGUGCCAGAGGAAAUCAUCAACAUGAUAGAAGAAAUAAAGACCCCUAGCUCCACCCCCACGUCCUGGACGCCUCAGCCUUCGCCAGUGGUCGAGAGAAGGAGCAUGGCUGGGAAAGACUACGACACCCUUUCUAAGUAUCCACCCAAGGUGCCCCCGGCUCCUUCAGGCAGAGUGGUCACCAGCCCUUUGAUUGAUAUGUUUAAUAACCCAGCGACUGCUGCACAGAAUUCGGCUUCUUCGGAGGAUCCCAGUUUACAGCGAUCGGUGUCUGUUGCAACGGGACUGAACAUGAUGAAAAGGCAGAAAGUGAAAACCAUCUUCCCGCACACGGCUGGCACCAACCAGCUUGGCUUUGCGCAGGGAGACGUCAUCACGCUGCUCGUUGCUGAGGAGAGAGACGGCUGGCUCUACGGAGAGCACGACACCUCCAAAGCGAGGGGCUGGUUCCCGUCCUCGUACACGAGGCUGCUGGAAGAGAGCGCGCAGGAGGCAGUGAGUGUGCCCGCGCCCAGCCCAGCGCCCGUGAGGAGCAUGAGCACCGUGGACUUGUCGGAGAAGAGCUGUGCUGCCGUCCCCAUCCCCCCUCCCGAUUACCUGGAGUGCUUGUCCACGCGAGCAGCUGCAGACAAGAAAGCAGAUGUUCCCAAGCCCACAUCCACCUUUAAAGCCCCGGCGUCCGGACCAGAAACCACGUCUCUCAAUAACACAAACGGGACUGCCAAACUUCCUUUCCUCAGUGGAGAAAACCCCUUCGCUACUGUGAAACUCCGACCAACAGUGACAAACGAUCGGUCAGCACCAAUCAUUCGAUGAAAAGAUGGCCAAAGACUUCUCCUGGAUCUUCUUCUGUUCUCACAUGUACAAAGUCAUAGGUGUGGUGCAUCCUGUACUGUCAUGAUGCUUCACCGGAGGGUGCCUGAUUUUAAACGUAUUCUACUUUAGCAAAUCAAUGCAUUUUCUCAAUUUCACAGUUGGGUUUGCACAUUUCUGUCUUAAAGAAGAUAAAUUAGUUGAGUGACCAAUUCAAUCACUGAAAGUAUUUUCUUCCUAUUUUGUUCAAAGAGCAGUAAAUUUGGUUCUAAUCCUUACUGUAUCAUUUUUUAAAUAUUCUAUGAUUAUUUUUGAAAUAGCCAGAAUAAGGGAUAGUCUGUGCUUUCAGGACUGGCUUUCUGUACCUGCAUGCAGCGGAGACCACAUUUGUAUUUUAUAAAGUACCUGCUCUUACGUAGCACUGUAAUGUUUACUCAAAGGAGAAUCUUAAGCAAUAUAAAUUAUGAAAAUAUUAUAUAAAUUUUAACUUUUAACUUAAAAUUUUUAAAUUUUUGUUUAGUCAAAUGCAGAGCUACCCAAGAUGGAGAAACCCCAACCUUCCCGUGAUUAGGCCCAGCUGUAGAGUGCUGAGGUAUUUUGCCUGUCCCCAUCACAGCCAUGGUACUUAGUACUUGAAUGCCCCAGAACUUCUUGAUUUGGGCUCUGAGGCACCAAUGAAAACCUACCAGGCCAGGCUGCAUGUGGGCCUGGCCAGAGGACUCUUGCUAAUAAGCUAGUUGACCAAAGCGCUUCUGUCACUAAUUUCCUCUGACACUUUCCCAUCAGGUACUGACGCACAAACAGUGCUCAGAGCCAGGAGGACCUCUGGGAGUGGGGGCUGGGAGGAGCUGCCCUCUAGCCGAGACCCACUGUCAUGCACUAGGAAUCUGGGCUGUUCCAGGAGGGAGUUCGUCGCUGGCUGUCAGGGAUUAGGCCCUAUGUUGGAGGAGUGGAGAACCGUGGUUAAAUGUCACACCCAGGCCAUUCACUGUGUGGGCAGGGAAGGAGGCCUUGUUGCUCAUACAGCUCCUUUGAUCUUCCCAUAAAUAUUAUCGUUUUCUAUAAGCUUGAAAUUGGCCAAAGUCAACUGCAGGUAAAACCAGUGUGAGUGCGUGACACUUCAGGUUCAUAGUCCUAUCCUCCUCCUCCUCCUUGAUCAGCCAGUGGGGAGCUAAUGACACGGGAACGUGAGGGCUCCCCAGGACUGAGUCAGGGGAAGUGCAGGUGUCAAGCAGCACCUGUCCUGAAAGAAGACGCGCCAGCCAAGAAACCAGUCAGUGAAGUGGCCCACUCUCCUCUCACCAAUUAGGUAAGAGUAGGGUCCGCAGAAGCCCAUUGUUUCUAGAGAUGUGAGAAGGAGUGGGGGCAUCAGCCUCCACUCUGCGGUCCUCUGGCUUUGUUUCAGCAAUACAUAGGCCUGGGGUUACCAGGUGCAAUUCACAGGCCUGCUGGACUCACCCAGCCCGUAUCCACCUUCACAGAGUGAACGACAGUGUCACCUGCCUCACACAGGAUGGGAGGGCUUGCCUUGUCCUUGGCACUGAGGGGCAUGCUCUGGAAAUGUCAAGGUAUUCUGUUUCAUUAUAAAAUAAAAACGUGAAAACAAGAA